AUGGAAGAAGUGAAGCUACUGGGAUUCUGGGCAAGCCCAUUCAGCCACAGAGUGAUAUGGGCUCUGAAGUUGAAAGGCUUGAAAUACGACUAUAUAGAAGAAGACGUUCCCAACAGCAAGAGUCAAUUGCUAUUGCAAUACAACCCUGUUCAUAAGAAAGUCCCUGUGCUUGUUCAUGGUGGCAAUCCCAUCUCUGAGUCCCUUGCCAUCCUUGAAUACAUCGAAGAAACAUGGCCACUGAAUCCCUUGCUUCCAAAAGAUGCAUAUGAAAGAGCCUUGGCUCGUUUUUGGAUACAGUUCCAAUUACUGAAGGCCCCCGUUUUCCAUGCAGUUUUCCAAACUGCUGGAGAAGAACACGGAAAGGCAACAAAAGAGGCGCUGGAAGUUCUGAAGAUCUUGGACGAGAAAGCCCUUGGGAACAAGAAGUUUUUCAGCGGCGAUAGCAUAGGAAUGGCCGACAUUGCAUACGGAUGGCUGGCUUAUUGGUUUUCAGGCAUGGAAGAAGCAGUAGGCGUGGAAGUGCUAAAUCCUAGCACUUUGCCUCGCUUGCAUGCUUGGAUUCAGGACUUUAAACAAGUUCCUGUGAUCAAAGAGAACCUUCCCGACUAUGAAAAAAUGUUGGCAUAUAUGAGAGGCAGUAUGGCAAAAUUCAUUGCAAAUCUUCCAUCCCAUAAACACUAG